AUGGCGGACAUUACUGAAGACAUAAACUUCGAUGACCUUUGUUCAACCUGUGAGCAGAUGGAAUUGGAUGUAAGUGAAGUGUAGAUUUCUUAUCAGUGAAAAUGAUACAUUCUUUCUUGUUUUUCCUCACGUAUUCCUUUUUCAAAAAUCAUGAUCCAUUGAUUAAUUUUAGCUUUGGUUUCACUCUGACAGUACAUUACAAUAUACUGCAAUAUAAUACAAGCUUAAAACUGUUCUUGUUUUUAUAACUUUUGAUAUUGCAGUUCUUAACUGUCUGCCUCCUGGUUAUUUCAGGGUAAUGCUUCAGGAGAAGUUUAUUCACAGCUAUUAGCAGUCUAUCUUUUUCAGAAUGAUACGUGAGUAUACCAGAAUUAGUGAGUAACUAGAAUACCCUGCCUUUCAACAGUGUCGCUGAAAACCCCUGUAACCCUAAACAUGAAAUCCGGAAACAGAAUCUAGAAUCUGUGAAAUACGCUGAUUCUAAAGGUUUCUUUUUUAGGUGCAAUGCUAAGUUUUUAUGGAAAAGAACUCCUGAGGAGAUCAAAGUGGUGAGUAAAGGGUUCAUCAUACAAAACCAAGGUUCAUUUUAACUGCCAAUAGGUUGGCCUGUGUACAGACGUCUCCCCUCCCUCAGGAAAAAUCGGGAAAGUAGACGUCUGUGAAUCGCCAUCGAUAAUCUUGUUCAGGUAUAAAUUUGCAUAAAUUAUUUUUUGUUCUUUCGCUGACAGUUGAAAAGAAACAGAAUUACGCAGCGAAAUUGGAGCUAUCAAUGUGAAUCAAUGUUUUUUGGUUAUUGAAUCAAAUUUCCCUUGAUAUUAUUUGAAGAACAUCCUUUCAUAUUUAGACGUUCAUUGAAACAAAAAAUCGCACGUUAAAAUGCUUAAAAUGGCACUAUUUGACUGUGCGAUCAAUGAAAAAUGUUGCAGUCCUGACGGAGGAGGGCGCAUUUGCCCUCUUUUUUCGUCCCCACCCCAGGGGAUUUGACAGCUCAAGAGUCCCCACCCCCAGCAAUUUGCCAUCCAAGGCAAAAAAAAAUGCUAAUUCCCGGGGGUCAGGGCGCAGAUGGAAUUGACAGAUGCAUAACUAACAGGAAAGUGCUGUCUUUUCUCAGAAUGCAAAUGCUCAGACUUUCUAGUAUUCUUGGAUGAGGAUGAAAUAACAAAGGCCCUAUCUUACAUCUCUUUCUCUAAUCUGGCUUCCGUGGGAUGUAAGCCAUUAGGUAAUGAUGUAAAUAUCUCUGGAAGUGACCAACCCUAGAUUGUAUAUUCUGAAGGUUUUGUGGAAUGGGGUACGGGAGGACAGCUCAUGUUGGACAUACAGUUGUGAGACUGAUCUGUUAAACCUCUGGUUACCAGGGUAAGAACUCCGGGAAAAAUCCAUCCCUAACCUGUUAAAUACUGGUCUAACCUGUGAAUUGAUUGUACCCACAAUGCCUAUCCCUAUUGGGCAUCCAGCAGAUAAGGCAUCGAGCAGAUAAGGCAUCCAGGGCAGAUAAGGAAACUGAGCAUGUUAUCCUCUGGAUUGAGAUUAAUAAUUAUUUUAUCUAGUGGAUAGUGCUAUCCACAUUUUGAACAAAUGGUCAAUUGAGUAUUUGGGCAUCUGCUGUAGUUUGAAAGCUCUGCAGACAAAAUAUCAGGAUCAAGGGGAAACAAAAAUCUCAAUUUUGAGCAUAACCUCUUUGCAUUUAGUUAAAGCUAGUUUUCUUCUACUUUACUUCUUAAGUCAACACCUGAACUUGGAAAACUUUGGAAUAUUGGAUGUCAUAUGUGGAAAAGAGACUUCCCUUCAAUCUAUGGUGCUCUUAAAGAAGAAUGGUCACCACUGAUAAAGCCAAUAAUUACAGCACUGCAAGGUAAGAUACUGGUACAUGUCCUGUUAAAAGGGAUUUGUAUCUUCAGAGUAAAUGUACAGUUGAAACUCCAUUAAGCAUGCAGCCACCUAUUGAGUAGCCACCCUCUAUUAAGCAUUGAUAAGUGGCCAAUAAUUAAAGGCAUGAAAUAAUUAUUGUAGAAAAGAAUGGAAACUUAAACCUCUAUUUGGUGACUGCAGCCACUUUUUGGUGGCCCAUCUUAAUGAGAGUUCUCCCAUUGUUGUCACCUCUAUUAAGCAACAUCAAGUGUUUGAUACACUUAGGUUGGCUUCAUUUUAGGAAUGUGAUGAAAAAAAAUACAGUUCCAGAUAGAAGGUGAUGACUGAUUGUGGACCAGUAAUAUUUCUUCCGUCACAUGUUUGUAUCAAAAUAAAGUGAUUUUUUUGCUAAAGAUUAUGCUGCUUUAUGACAAGCCUCUAUUGAGCAGCCAACUGCCAUUAAGCAGUCAGUUGCCUGUACCCUGAGGCUGGUCGCUUAACAGAGGUUCAACAGUACAAGAUGUAUUAAGUUUCACAUUGACAGUUUAAUUGCUAUUACUUUACUCUUCCAUGUUUUUGUAUAAAAAAAUACUAUAAAAGGAUUAUUUGUACUUAAAAAAAUAAUAGCUUACUCAUUGUCAGCCCUGAUGGCAUACCAUCCAAAUUCAUUAUUUACGUGUAUUUGUUGAGAGAACACUUGCAAAGACGUUGCUCAGUUUUAUAGAACCAUACUUUAGAGCUGAAUUGUUCAAACGUUGGAUAAAUGUAGCAGUCUAUCCACAGGAAAAAUCACUAUCCAACAGAUAAAUGUUAAGGAACUCAAUUGCACAUUUCAUGUCUGCAAAUGGUUGGACCUUGUCAGAUAAGGUCUCAUAGCACGUCCAUAGUACUUCCGUAGUACUGUGACUCAAUGAUACUCAGAGUCAGUAGUAAGUACUCUCAUAGUACUGUCAAUCAGUCUGACUUAGUGGGACAUAAAAAUCCACUGAGGCAUGAGAAGCACCCCUAGUAUGCUAUCCAUGGUCUUGGGAUUGUAAGAUGGUAAUCUGUGGGGGAAUAUAUCAAUAUUGGGACAAUCUCUUGAUCCUCUUUCACGGGCCUUGGUCUGUACGUUAUAUACAGUGUAAGCAGAAUAUAGAUACUACGUGUAUGAAAUAAUUUUUAAUUCACAAGACCACCAUUUAUUAUGUUUGAGACUUAUACUUAUAACAAGCAAGGUAAAAAUAGAGAAUUUUGGCCUCACUGUACAGUUGCAUUGUCAAGCCUCUGUAACCCUCUCACUCUUGACAGUGGCCUAGGAGAAAUUUGCUCAAAAAAUUCAAUGAACAAGCAAGUGAGGGUUUUAUUUGAAUGGUUAUACAUAUAAAACUUCAUCCACAGAUUUCAAAGUUAGUGUGACAAUUAUCAUAACCUUGCCGUAACUUUACCUAAGAGUGGCAGGAUACAUACUGACACCAAAAGGACAAAGCCAAUUGUACUUUUUUACAGAUGUGACCUUAUUACAGAAGUAGGGAUUGUGUGAAAUUUGGCAUCCUAGAAAACUGUCUGUAAUAGAGAGGUGUAUGGAGGUUUACCAUAACGAAAGGUUCCACUGUAUUGUUAAUAAUGAAGGGGUAUGUGCAAUAAGGUCUUUGUUAAGUCUUAAUUUAACACUUAAUGUUAAGUUAUUAUUCUUCUAUAUCACAAGCAAAUUUAAUACUAGAUAAUUUGGGAGGACAGUCUAGCAGUUUAUCAGGACUUUUUUUUUACAAAUGUGUACCAUUUCAAACAAAAAGGAACGUGGACAGAGUAAACAUUUGCAAAGACUUCUGGUACUGUUACUAAGACCAGGGGAGAAAUGGUCAGUAGCUGUCCUGCGCAUCCCCAGUUACAAUCUUAGAAACAAUAAUUGUUUCUGGUGAAAGUGGCAAAUGGCCUUCUAACAUUGUUGCUGUCAAUUUUGGAUGAUCUAGAGAAACUUCAGAGGAGAGUCUUUGAUCUUGUCUCAAAUGCAUACACUUCAAUUAGAGCAGAUGAUCUAGCUUCUCUUAUGGGGGUGUCAACUGAGGCUGCUGUUAGUGGUAAGUUCAUUAUCAGUUUGAUAACAGUGUCCUAUAGACGAACAAAUUUCAUGUAUGGUAUACAAGACUUGAAAUAACUUUGCUGCUGGCACUGGUAAAGUUGUCCGGUCGGACCUAUUUUUGCUCAGACAAAACACGUUUUUGGCCAGACAGUUACUAUAUUUAUUACGACGCAUGUAUCUCUAUAAUACUCAAUUUUUGGUCCGUUAGAAGCAUAAAGGACUGGACAAAGUCUCCUGUCAUCCAAAGAUUUUACCGGACAAAGCUUCUUUUUGACCGGAAAUUGUCCAUUGACUGGCUGUUAAAUUUCAAGCCCUAGUAUGUUUCUUCUUCUUUUUCCAGUUUUGAUUUCAUUUUAUACUAUUGCAGCUGCUUCAACAAAAAGAAAUAGUACACCAUUUAAAAACAAGAGUAAUUUUUAAUUAUUUUACCUUUUUUUUUCCUCCAUUGCCAUUUUCAGCCCAGGAUAUAUUGAACCCUCUAUCACUAUGGUAAUUCCUGUAUUUAAAAAAAUGAGUGCUGUUGAUUUUAUUUUAGCUGCUGUCUCAAGUGGAUGGACAAAUGAUUCUGUGACAGGAAUGAUCACUCCCAAGAAGACAGGUAGUGUGGACAACAACAGUCAUGUCUAAAAUACAUAAAAGAGUGAAAAACAUAGAGUGAAAAACUUAAACUUGGGCCUGAAAGCUGCUUUUUGGAUUUAGGAAGAUACAGGGUUCAUAUGCACCUUGAAAAUGCACCUUGAAAGUCAUUAAAAAUUGCACUCAGUGCUGGAAAGUCCUUGAAUUUCAGUGCUAACUUUAUCCAACCUGGAUUCAAUUUAACGAACAUUAUGGUUUUUUCUCCACCUGAAAAUCAGUAUCAGGUUGAGUCUCCUUAGGAAUACUUCAAUGGUGAUAACCUGAUGGGAUGGUCUAUGUAGCAUUCUUGCUUUAAUCUCAUUUGCGGAAUGUAAACAACAACAACAAAAUUAGUUGAGGCACUGCCCUUUAAGGAACUUUGUGACUUUUCCCAACUUCAAAAGGGGAAAAUGAAGCUUUCUCUUCCCCACAGCUGCCCUCCCCCAAGCAAGCUUGUGCUAGACUGCUAGAGGAUGGUGUCUCAACAAUUUUGGUGCCAAUUGUAGGCCAGUGUGUUUUGUCAAAGUUGCUCUAUGUAUGUUUACUUUUGACUGCCACUGACAGCUCUACCCUCUCAAGGCUCCCAAAGAACCAAGCUGUGUGCAACAGUGUCAUCGUGAAGAACACUUUGCCUCGCUAGGUCGAGUCACCUCGAUUUAUUUUACAUGGUAAUUUGUCGACUUUGUCCAGCACACUGUCUUAUCUUGCCCCAAGUACAACCAGGUUAUAUGCUCAGAUCCAAGUUCAGUUGAAUAAUUUAUUUGCCCUUCCAACAUGUACUCCUUUAAUCUUUUAUUUUCAGUUUUAACACACAUCGUGGCACCAUUAGUAAACAAUAUAAACUGUCUUUCUUUUUGCUAUGUUUUUCAGAACUUCCUAAGAAAGAGAUUCCCCUCACAAGCGAACAGGAGCUUGCCUUAUUGACAGAUUAUGUGUCAUUUCUGGAAAAUUAGACAAAACAAAUGACUGUUCAAGGAGCCUGUGUGUUACAAACAGUUAAACAUUGCAGCAUAAUAAACCCACAUCUCUUCUACAUGUAUGUCAUGGCUGCCACAGGUCAGGAAAUGGUCAGGGGAAAAAUUCUUCAAGGUUAUGGCUGUGGCAACCUUGUAUGUACAAUUCCUGCAAGACAGCGUUUUAUACUUUAUCACAGGCUUCAACAUUCAUGUAAAUAUUUCAUAUGUUAAUGACUUCUCUUAAAUGGAUGCCAACAUUUUGAAGAAGGGAGAGUUGCUUUGGAUGGUUGUCGUUACUUUAAAAAAAAAAAAUGCGAAACUGGUAUAAACGUAUGCUACCCAGAGAAUUGAUGUGCAACAUACUCUAUUGUAGUGUGACUUGCUACUUACAAGGGAAGUAGAGCACAUAAAAGCCAUUGAAAACUCAUGUCGUUUGUUUCGUUACUGUUGAUCCUCUCUGAUUGUGGGUAAACAAUACAAGAAAACAAUUAUGACUGUUAGUUUAUCACCAACAGAACAGCAGUUUACUAAGGCCCCAUGCACAUGAAUCCGAACGUUUUUGAAAAUGUAUAAUUUGUUAACUGGAUUUGUGUGGACAGGGUUCUAAUAAACCACUCGGAGAGCAGAUUAAAAAAAAAGAAACGGUUUGGGUGAGCAGGAAGGUCGAUUCGUGUAAAAAAAUAUAUACGGUUACAAAUAUCUGGAUUGUGGGCGUGGCCUAAGUGUUUUACAACAGAGAGGAGAAGUCGUUACCUCACGUUGCGAUGGUAGCAAAAUUUCUGGAUGACAACAAAUCAAAACGUCACUUAAAAAGUGGAUUCCCACCGUUCAAACUUCAUCGAUCUCAUUUAAUUUGUCAAAUGUUGGCGAAAUUUUUCCGAGUUGAAUCGGAAAGGACCGUAUCUAGGUUUAGAAAAAGAAAAUUUUUGUGUUGUGGUCACCUACUCGAUAAAGCGGGCGAGUGAACUUAGGAAGUUUCAUGUCGCAGUCAUUCAACAACGGCUAAGAAAUAAACAAAAAAGCGUGAUGCAAGUGCAAAGUUGUUCUUUUGCUAGUCUAAACCUAUUGGUUUUUUGUUGUUGCAAGAAACUCCUACCCUGUUCCAAGCGUUCAGAUUGUGGAGAGCGGUGCGAAGUAAAGAAAGCGAUGAAAAGUAGAGGGAGACUAAGGAGAGAGGUCCUCCUACCUCGCUUUUAUUUUUCGCGCUCCUUUUUGUUUCGCACCGCUCCGCACUAUCUGAACGCCUGGAGCAGGCUAAAAUCUCCCAAAAGAGCGUUUUCACAUGACGUCACGGCGGCCAUAUUGGUGUUCCAAAACAAUAAAUGACGGCCAUUUUAGUGUAUCAAGACAAUCCUGUAGGAGUUGAAUUCUUUUCUUAUGCAAGCGAUAUGCAAGCGCUUUCUUUUGUUUCAAUAAAUUUGCAUAGAUCCCGGCCAAGGGAGUGAAAACGUUCUAUUGAUGUGAUCCACAAAUUUUUCUACAAUGGUAACGUGACGUCACCCUUUCCUCUCUAUUGUAUAAUCAAUCAACCAAAAAAAUGUUCUUCUUUCCAAGAAGAAUAACAGAUUAGACACAUAUUAGGCCAUGUUUGUUUGUUUGAUAUAUGUUAGUUUGUUUGUUAGUUUUCGACCUUUGCAAGGACCAGUUCGUAAAUAUUCAUCGACACUGCUGGAAGAGGCGCAUUAAAAUUUGUAAACUUCCUAUGUCUUUUAAGUCGUGAGACUUUUCAGACCUUUGUGUGGUGAAGGGUACGACGUAAGAUAACCACAGCUAGCCCAAGCUCGAAAUAUGAGCAUCGGCGAGCAUCGGCAUUGUUGCCUAACGUUCAAAAGGAUUCAUAAGGAUUUGUAUGGGGAAAAAACCUAUCGUUUCCGUAACCUAGGAAAAUGAAAGGACUUCAAUAAAAAACAG